GCUGGGGGUAGUUUCGUCGUUGCCGUGAGGCGAAAAUCAUCGAAACCCUGCCCAUCCCAGCUACUGUCUGCCCUCCCCACUGUCAACACGCAGCGGACAGGAACGGAUGUCCUACUGGUUCCUCCCCGCAGCCGUGGCAACUCGAACUUGGGAAUUCAUAUCAGUCGUGCACUUCGCUGUCUCCCGCGAGCUUCGCCAUGAAGAUGAUGUUCGCUCGCGCCCUGGCCACAGGGGUCCUCGUGGCCAGGCAGGUGGGUGCUCAGUCUGGCGCGCUCGUCCUCGACACCCAGGUACUGCAGCUCUCGUCCGAGAUGAGCAUCGGCGCCCACUCUGAGGCGCUCGGCCACCUGAGCGCAGAGGCAGCAGCCGAGGCGAAGGCGGAGGGGAAGGUCGAGGCAAAAGCCGAGGCGAGUGCCGAGGCGAGCGCCGAGGCGGUGCAGGCGCGCAUCAGCGCAUACUCGAACGAGGUGGGCACCGCGCCCAGCGCCAGGCUCGCGACGAGCGAGGACGCGUCGGGGCCGGAGGAGGAGCCCCUAUCCGAGGGCUGGACGCGGAAUUUGACACGUGAGUUUGGCCUAAUGCUCAGGGCUGGUUUUCCCACACGGUCUAUCUAGGUAUGAGACGGAAAUCUGAUCCGUCAUCUUUAUUUUGAACUUACUUACACUAGCAGUGUAGUCGCCCGUUUGUUUUUUGCUGCGCGAUCUGUGCUUUUCUAAGGCCGGUGCCCUACAGUGGAAACCCAUGCCAAG